GUGCUAAGCUGUCGAGUUGUGUCCGCUACCAAGUCAAUCUCUUGUCGCCACUUUUCGUUACUUUAAGCAAAUUUCCUCGGAGCGUGUUGGAAAAACAGUAAAAAUGUUGCGUAGCUCGUCUACUGACAGCUCAAGCUCUGUGCCAUCCUCACCAAGAAUCUUAGCAGUUGACACUACAACAGCAGGCACCUCGGCCGAUGAAUCUUUGCAUAAUUUUGUGCUUUCACCUUCUGUGGUCUCGGACACAUCGGGCGUAUGCAGUGACGAAACGCGAGUCAUAUCUAGAGAAGCGUCUGUGAACUUAGAAGCGCCAUUAAAUGACUACGCAAUGGCAAGAACAGGUCUGUUGGAGAGCGAGGCGCAGUGUGAUGCCUUGCGCGAAUUGCUUACCGAUUACGAAAUAAGAAACUUUAUGCAGGUCAGCCGUAGCCCAGAAUUUCUCGACUUCACCAUCGAACAUUUGCAGCGUCUCGUGGAGCAUGAUGAUUUGAAUGUGCGCUCGGAGGCGGAUGUCUUCUGGGCCAUACGACGCUGGUAUAAGCAGAACGAGGAAUCUCGACGCACACACCUACCCAACUUGAUCGGCUCCCUACGUCUCACACAAUUCGAUGUAGACUUUCUUUACUCAAACAUCAAUACAUUACCUGGCUGUGAACUCUUGGUCAGCCGUGCUGUGGAGUGGCUACUACGACCCACAGCACGUGCCACAAUAGCGCUGCGCUACACAAAGCCACGUAAGGUGUUACAAGCCGAAGAAGAGACAUGCCGCAUUGCGGUGCAGACGCGAGGUGAUCACAGAUUCGCCGACAAGUGCAUUCUACGCUACAGCAAUGCUCUAAGUGAAUGGCAGAAGUGGUUGGAAAUAAAGCUGGAGCGCAGUAACUUCGGCGUCGUGCAACUCGAGUGUAGUCUCGUCUUUAUUGGUGGCUUGGGUCGCAACAACAAACCGAGCAAUCGCGUUAAUCGCUUCAAUUUGAAUACACAAGCCUGGGAACCGAUGCCGUCGAUGGAACAGCGUCGAGUUUACUUGAGUGUUGCACUCUUGGAUGGAAAAAUUUACGCCUUUGGUGGGCAGGAUGAGAAAUAUCAAGCGUUGAACUCGGUGGAGAUGUUCGAUACCAUCACUGGCCGUUGGCGAAGUGUAACCAGCAUGUCCUUCCGUCGCGCUGGCACUGGUGCUACAGUCUUAAAUGGCAAGCUCUACGUAGUUGGUGGCUUCAAUCGCGCUCACUUGAGUACAGUCGAACGUUAUGAUCCCGUAAAAAAUAUAUGGACGCAAUGUGCGGAUAUGAAUGAGGCACGCGGUUGGCCUGGGGUAACUGUACAUAAUGACCAUAUUUAUGCGAUCGGUGGUUGGCACAAUGGCGCGCUAAGAACGGUCGAACGGUAUAGUGUGGAGACCAAUAAAUGGACGACGAUUGCAUGUUUGAAUGUGGCACGUGGCAGCGUUUGUGGCAUGUCCAUGAAUCGGGAGUUGUGGGCCAUUGGUGGCUACAGUGAAGGUGUACUCAAAGAUACUGUAGAGACUUACGAUGCGGAGAAUGAUAAGUGGCUGGAACAGAAAGCCUUGCCAGAAGUUGGUAGAUAUGUGCAUUAAGAAAUCUAUAAUCAUCGUUG